AUGAGCAACGCUCAAGGAAAUGAUCACCACGACGAUCCUGAAGGAUCAAAACCAUUAGAAGAGUACACGAUCCCGAAAGCCACCAUAACGCGUAUCAUGCGCCAAGUCUUGCCACAAGACUCCAGGGUCACCAGCGCCGCCAAAGAGACUGUGGACCAGUGCAUCGUAGAAUUCUCCACGGUCCUCACACAGGCGGCCAUGCAGGAGUGCCGUCGAGACCAUCGCCGGACCAUCACCGCCGACGACCUAAUCGCUGGCAUUGCUAGAUUGGGAUUUGCUGAUUACGUGCAGCCCAUGUCUGAGUUUCUACGCCUAUACCGUGAGAACAUUAACCAGCAAGCUGUAGCACCGCCAGCACCUCCGGCACCGCCGGCACCAGGCAUGGAGGAAGAGACGGCAGCGCCACUGCCACCACCGUCGCCGGAUCUCACGCUGCAGAUAGGCCUGCCAUCCGUGCCGGACGUCACGGAGCUAGCCCCUCGUACUGACGUGUAUGCACUCUGGCCUGGGGGAGCACCUGCUGCAGUGGGCACCUCGCUGGAGCCGACGAUGCCGCCACCUCCUGCUGCUGAUGAUGAUGAAGACGAGUGA